AUGGCUGCAGAUACUGCGUCUAAUCCUCGAAGCUCGGCCGAUCUCGAGGCGGCCAAAAAGGAAGAGGGUGUUACUACUGAGGAGCGCCAUGUCCCGACCAAUACGGAUAUUUUGGCUGAGACCUGGUCUCGGAGGGCCCUGAUCGUCGCCUUUACGGGUCUGUUUGCUACUACCUUUAUCACCUCAUUCCUCAAGUAUGCGACCAAGGUGUAUGAUGCCUACGCCACGUCCGAGUUCAAGAAGCACUCUGCUUUGACCACCGCCAAUGUCGUCUUUGGCCGUGCUGAGGGUCUCACCUUUUCCAUCCUCUUCCUUGUCCUCUCGCAGGUCAUGUACGCCGCCUGCCAGAAUAUUGCCACCUACAUUAUACAGGCUGGAGGAAUCUUCGAGUCUAUUGGCGACACUGGAUACGUCAUCAUGCAACAAGUCUUCAUCGCCGACACAACCAGCCUGAUCAACCGAGGUUUCUGGACAUCUCUCCCCGAAUCCGUCGCCUCAAUCCCAACUCUGUACCUCGGAUCUAUUGUCGCCGAUAGCGUUCUCAAGCACUCGACCUGGCGAUGGGGAUAUGGAAUGUGGGCUAUUAUCCUCCCCUUCUGCGCUGCGCCCCUCAUCAUCACCCUGUACAUUCUUCAACGCAAGGCUCGCAAGAAUGGUUAUCGCCGUGAAGGUGCUUGGGAUGCUGCCGACAAGUCUCAGCCUCUUGGAAAGCGUCUCAUCAACCUCUUCUGGGUUGAUCUCGAUAUCCUCGGUGCCCUGCUCCUGGUCGUCGGUCUCGGUCUCACCCUGAUUCCUCUCUCCCUUACCGGCGCCAAGCGGAGCGACCGAUGGGACCAAGGGGGAUACAUUGCCAUGCUGGUUAUCGGAGUCGUUGUCGUCGCCGUCUUUUUCGUCUGGGACGCCAAGUUCGCCAAGGAACCCUUCGUGCCUUUCCGUAUGAUCAAGGAGCGAACCGUCAUUGCGGCUUGCAUCCUCUCCAUGCUCGACUUCUUCCACUACUCUUGUUUCACCAUCUUCUUCCCCAGCUAUCUCCAGGUUGCCGGUGGAUUCAGCCCAGGCCACUCCACUCGUAUCGAUAAUGCCCUCCGAGUUGCUUUCCAGAUCGCUUCGGUGCUCGUCGGUGUCCUCAUGAAGUACAGCAAGCGCACUCAGAUCUUUAUCUUUAUCGGAGUUCCUCUCGUUGUCCUCGGCCAGGGUCUUCAGAUCUACUUUGUCAACAAGAACGGAGGAAGUGCCAACGAAGCCUCCUUCAUCACCGCCAAGACCCUCGUCGGUGUCGGCCGUGCCUUCUAUCAGACUGCCGCUCAGGUCUCCAUCCAGGCUCUCGUCGCUAGGCGGGAUGUUCCUGUUGUCACUGGCGUUUACUACGCCUCCAUGAACCUUGGUGGUGCCAUCGGUACCAGUGUGAGCGGUGCCAUCUGGAACAAUAUGCUCCCCAAGAAGCUCGUCAAAUACCUCCCCGAGAACGCCAAGGCCAAGGCCAUGCCCAUCUACAAGUCCAUCGUCGCCGCCCAAAAGUUCGCCAAGGGCACUCCCGUCCGCGCCGCCAUCGACAAGUCAUAUUGCGAGACCCAGCAACUCCUCGCCAUUGCGGCCACAGCUGCCCUCGCGCCUAUGCUCAUCGUCAUGUUCUUCCUCAAGACUAUCGAUCUUACCAAGGUGGAUGAUGCCAAGCUUGAUGAGAACAAAUCUACUGAUGGUGAGAUUGAGCCUCCUAUGGAGAAGAACGUCCAGCAGACUAUCAGGGCUGAGGUACAUUGA